AUGGACCCCAAUCACCCUCUGAAUUGGUCGAUGGCCGCAAAGCAGUGCACAUAUUUAACGAUUUGCCUAUUCACCUUUCUAGCCAACAUCAACUCGAGCAACUUCACGGUCGCCACACAGCCUAUAAUCAAGGAAUUUAACGUCACCCAGACACAGGCCGGGGAGCUAGUUUGUUUCAAUGUCUUUCUUUUUGGAAUGGGAAAUAUCUUCUGGGUACCACUUAUGCGGGUCAUUGGCAAGCGUCCGGUAUAUCUCCUUGCGAUGCUUGGCUUGAGCUUGAUGAAUGUCUGGUCCAGCCAAGCCACGAGCUAUGGAGAAUUACUUGCCUCGAGAAUCCUCUCUGGGUUUGUCGCUGCCGCAGCGGAUGCCACCGUGCCCGCCGUGGUGGCUGAUAUGGUCGCACCUCAGGAUCGUGGCCACUAUAUGAUGUUCUUCCACCUCGCUAUGACAGGAGGCCUGUUUCUGGGUCCCCUUAUCAAUGCAUAUCUAGUCCAGGAACAAGACUGGCGAUGGAUGUGCUACUUUCUUGCUAUUUCGGUCGGGGUUGUCUUCAUCAUUGCCAUCUUUACUAUCAGGGAGACAUCGGUUCGCCAACGCGAGUCUGACGAUCCCGUCCUCUUCUCCCCGAAGCGAUCUCAGUGGCAAUGGAUGUCCCUCACGGCAGGCUAUAACCCCAAUGCAUCAUUUAUGCAACCCCUGCGAGAUAUCGUGGCAAAUGCUGCUUAUCCACCUUUGAUCUGGUGCUCCUUGACCAUUGGUAUAUCGGUCGGAUGGAACAUCGUCGUUCAGCUCAUGUCCUCUCGAACAUUUACUAAGCCCCCAUACAACUGGGGGCUAGGGGAUCUGGGUCUGCUGUCUCUGGCUGCGUUUAUCGGGUCUAUCAUCGCGUUUUAUUUUGGUGGUCGACUGAUCGAUAUCAUUUCCACUAGAGGGGCAAAUCGGCAUGGAGGUGUUCGUCGACCGGAAUAUCGGCUGCCGGCCAUCGUGAUCCCGGGGGUGAUUGGACCCGCCGGGAUUCUCAUUUUUGGGCUCUGCGUCGCCCACAAGACCCACUGGAUCGGCCCUGCUAUCGGCAAUGCCAUGCAGGCCUUUGGAGUCGCUGCUAUCAGCAACGUCGCGGUCACCUAUUCGCUGGACUCGUAUAAACCAGUGACGGGCGAGGCUCUCGUGAUUAUCUUCGUCAUUCGCAACACGAUCGGCAUGCUUGUCUCGCUCUACGCGGCGGACUGGAUAGAACGUCAAGGGCCUGCGGCUGUCUUUGGAGAAAUGGCGGCCAUUCAAGUGGCCAGUAUUUUGUUUGCCAUUCCUCUCUUUAUUUGGGGAAAUUCACUAAGAGCCUGGACUUCAAGCUACGGGCCAAUGAAGCGGUUCCAGACUGCAUGA